AAGUACGACUUCAGCUAUGCCGUGAAGGACGACUACUCCGGCAACGACUUCGGUCACCAGGAGGCCCGUGAUGGCUAUGACACCCAGGGAUCCUACUACGUCCUCCUUCCCGACGGUCGUCUGCAGAAGGUCGCCUACACUGUCAACGGCGACUCCGGUUACGUGGCUGAGGUCAGCUACGAGGGUGAGGCCCAGUACCCCGAGUACAAGCCAGCUCCUUACCAUCCUGAACCUACCUACAAGCCAGCUCCUUACCAUCCUGAACCUGCCUACAAGCCAGCUCCUUACCAUCCUGAACCUGCCUACAAGCCUGCCCCUGUCUACGAACCUGCUCCUGCCUACAAGCCCGCUCCCACCUACGAACCAGCCCCGACCUAUGCCUAAGUGAAACAAAAUUGGAUAUAUCUGUGAUGAAUAUUUAUUAAACGAA